AUGGCCACCUUAGUUUCUAACCAGGAGCGUGAAGCUAUCUGGUCAAAGCUGCCUACUCUUCGAGUAGGUGGGAAAUGUUUGACCAAAGCGUCAAGACAGGACAAGUGCAAGCUUCACAAGUCACAAGUCACAGAGUGGCCAAACUUUGCCCAGGCACCAGAGAUUUAUCCUAUUGCUAACGAGGCAGGCUUGACUGGAAGGUGGGUGAACAAUGUCGCCGUCGUGGUCAAUACCAUCACAGGCCAGUUGGGGCUCCCGGAAUUUUCUGAUUACCAGCUUGGGAAAGAUGAGCCUAAGGACUGCAGCAUUGGGGCGUACCCCGACAUCAUCCUUCUUGAAAGGGGGUCGAAGACUGUGAUGGUUGGGGAAUUCAAAACCCCGUGGACAACUAGACUUUGCAAUCCCAACGCGGAAGAUUUUGAGAAACUAUGGGAUCUCUCUCAGUUCACUCCUAAUGAGACAACAGGACAAAUCACAUCUUACAUGGAUAGGUGCCAUUGCCGCUAUGGGAUCCUAUCUACGUACAAUGAGACCAUAUGUAUCCGCAGGAAGGAUGAUUACCUCUUUGAGGCCUCACGAGUCAUCAACCAUAGCCAUUACUCCCUUCCUACAAGAACUGGCCAUAGCACUAUCAUUAGCACCCGUGAGGCAAUGCUGUAUAUGGCGUAUGUUUCUGGGAAUGGGGAGCGCGACUCCAACUAUCCUGCCAGAGUUGGCAAUCUUUAUGUAUGCAUGCUACUAUAA